ACCUUCUGCUUUCUCCUCCUCACUCCUCAAGUGCUCUCUAGUCAACUGGCAAGGUUGAAUAUAUUUCUUCAGCAAGUUCUUACCACCCUGCUUGUUCCUGACACCCCGCAGGUGCUAGGAGUAGCCCCCUCCACGAUACUCUCGACCGCAAUUCUCCCUUGCGAAGCUCUCGGAGCUGUGUCUAGCCGUGCGAGCAUGGCACCUCUUCCGGCGCCGUCGCUCGUCUGCAUGUGCAGGGCUGGCGGCGCGUUGAGAGGAACAUUCCCCGCUGCCGCCUCGCUCUCGUCCCCGUCGCGGGCGUGCGCGCCCCACUCGUGCGCCGCAUGCAGCGUCGUUCCACCCCCUUCCAAGAGCUACGCCGCCGCCGCCAAGAGCUUCGUGCUCGCGAGGCUCUUUCCGUCCCCGCACAGCCGCGCGCAAGCCAAUUCGCUGCGCAUCUCGCCCGCUUCUUCCGCCUCCGCUUCUGCCAACCUCACCGGCGGCGAACGAGACCCCUCCGAGGAUGACGUGGAAGCGCCCACACCUCCGGACCACAAGAAGACCGCCCCCAUCCCCGCUGCUAGCACAUCCGCUAUCGCCUCUCUCCGCUCGCUGUUCAACCUGGAGAAGCACUACGCAUUCUACGGGUCGUACCACGACGACGCGGCGAACAAGGCCAUCCACAUGGUGUUCGUGUGGCCCAUCCUCUUCUCCGCGCUCGUCCUCCUGCAGUACACGCCGUCCUUAAUCUCCCUUAGCCACCCGCUCCUCGCCGUCCUUACUCGGCUCGUGCCGCAGCUGCCUCUACCGCUCCCGCUCGCGUUCCCCGGGAACGGGCUGGUCUUUAACGCCGCGGCGCUAGUCUCCGUGAUCUACGCGGCCUUCUACAUCGCCAUGGAGCGGCGGUCGGGGUCGCUUGCAGCGCUACUGGUGGGCGGGUGCUUCGUGGGGUCGCGGGCGGUGAUUAAAGCUGUGGGCGCAAGCAAGGCGUGGAAGCUCGCUGUCAUCGCCCAGGUGGUGUCAUGGGCCAUGCAAUUCGUGGGCCAUGGCGUCUUCGAGAAGAGGGCGCCUGCACUAGUGGACAACCUGGCACAGGCAUUGCUUAUGGCGCCACUCUUUGUUCUCCUGGAGGGUCUGGAACGGUUUGGAUUUGAGCCAUACCCUGGAUUCCGCCAGCGAGUGAGGGCCAUGGUUGCUUACCGAAUCGCGGAGCAUCAGCGGGUGAAAGUGCAGAAAUGAGAGCCUCCCUGUGAGAAUGUGGAGAACUUCCCACAGGUGUUCUCAUUCCAGGAGUUAGUGUACAGUAGAAGCAUGUUGCCUGUGCUGCUUUUUUCUGUAGGUGCUCUUUGCUUUCCCACCUUGUGCAUAAUUGUCAAACUAGGAACUAGGAUGCCAUGAAAGUGACGUGAGGUUUUAGGAGCUAGGAGAACUAGGAGGGUGAGAUUUGACGAGAGAAAAGAGAGUUGACUAGGAAGAGGGAUAAAGGGAGGGGUGUUCUACCCUCUACACUAAUGUUCAGUAACGUCUAAUAAGCCUACAUUUAUAUACGAACAUAUAUAAUUUAAA